CAAUCUCAGACCCUUUCAGAUUGAACUUCCCUCCAGACUGGAUGUGGAUCGGCCCGUCAUGGACCUCGAUCUUCACCUGCCUUUUCUGUGUUUCAAACCCAACAGAUCCUGCAGAUCAUCAGCAGUAUCCUGAUGGAGCAGAGGGUGGUGUUUCUGUCCACAGACUGGGCCAGACUCACACUAUUCGCUGAAUGCUUCAUGAUCUUCAUUCACCCGCUGCGCUGGCAGCAUCCGUUCGUACCCGUCCUGUCUCGCCAGAUGCUGGACUUCAUCAUGGCCCCCACGGCCUUCCUGAUGGGCUGCCACACGGCCCACUUCAAGGAGGUCGCAGAGGAGUUGGAUGAUCUGGUUGUUAUAGAUCUUGACCAAGGAACCGUGUUGUCUUCGAUUUCAAACAGACUUGAGCUUCCAGAUGUGCCACUGACAGCCAGAGAUUGUUUUAUAUUUCGGUAAGAGACUUCUGUGUCACUUUGC